AUGUCCCAUUAAUUAGGUGUAAUAUAAGAAACAUAUCAAGAUGACUUAUAAGAAUUGAUUUUGAAGCUGUAAACUUAAAACCAACUUAUCGAUAAGAGGGGACCAGUUUUAAGAAAGAGAUAAGAUCUUCUUUUGGGAGCUCUUAAAGAUUGUCGAGAGGGAGAAUUGAAAUUAUGCGAUUCGAAAAUAUCAUGCAGCACUGCUUUGUUUACAUCAAUGUAUGAUGAUACAGAUCAAAUCCAGAAGCUGUAGGAUGAGUUGGCUCAAAAGGAUUAGUAAAUUUAGGAAUUAAAGGAUUAAGUAGAGACACUAUAGCAAAAAAUUCACAGAAUAUAAAUGUGCAAUGAUGAGAUGCAAUUCGAAUUACAGAAAUAACAUUAGUAAUAAUAAGCAUUUUAAAGGGGAAGCAAAUUAAGUUAAUCUAUGAUUGUCCCUCCCUUAAUAUCUUCGACUGAAAAAGCACAAGCCACUAUCAACAAAUUCGUAUAACCAAUGUCAACAAAUUCAUUUAAAUCAACUGAUAGCAACGGACCUAAUUCAAAAGAAGAUAUGAGAAAAAUGAUAAGAAGGAUAUCAUAAUAAGCAUCAGCUUCAGCUUACAUAUUAGCUGCCAAAGGAGACUAUACGACCUUGGCUGCCGCUUAAGAAGAAAUAUAAAGUUAGAAAAGUGCAGGAUCCUAAAAAUCUCUGUCUAAUAAAUGA